CAUCUGAGAGUGUGUGUGAGUGUGUGUGUGUGUGUGUGAGUGUGUGUUUGUGUGUGUGUGAGUCCGCAGAGAGAGACACAUCUGAGCGUCUAAAAACAGAAUGAAGAGCUACACACGCUGACACCAGCUGUUCUGUGAUUGGCUGAUCGCUGGCAUCCGAAACAUGGCCCACCUAUUCCUCGCCAGUAAGAUUUCCGUGCCGGACGACCUCCACCUCCACGGCGCCAGGAUCCCCCGCAGCGUCGUCGUGACAACGCACGUCCCACACGUCAACGAGGUGCAGCUGUCGGCGGCCACCGGCGGCGCCGAGACCUCGUGCUCCCGCUGCACCGUGCCGUUCGGCGUGGUGGUGCUCAUAGCUGGCGUGGUGGUCACGGCCGUAGCAUACGCUUUCAACUCGCACGGCUCCGUCAUCUCAGUGCUGGGGCUUGCGCUGCUGGCCGCAGGGCUGCUUCUGCUCGCCGCCAGCGCCGUCUGCUGGCGCCAGCGACAUCGUGCCCAGAGGAGGGACCGACGCCGCGAGAGCCAGACCGCCCUCAUGGCGAGCCAGGGGUACUGCCCGGCCUGACCGCCGCGUGCAAAACACAGACUAUGGAAAUAAUGGGGCGUUGGUUUUGUGUG